UUCGUGCUGUGACUGCUGUACUCUCGAUCUCAUUUAAUCGUCUGCCCGGCAACGAUUAAUUUUCUAAAAAAAUAUAUUGUACGUACUGUUCAGUGAAACUGGAUAAUAACUUUGUAGUGAACUAACUGAAAAAAAUGUUUGCUGCUAGACGUGCACUUGUAACCACUGCCCUUCGAAGUAAGGAGGCUCUGGUUCGAGCUAAACAUACCUUGCCAGAUCUGCCCUAUGAUUACAAGGCCCUUGAGCCAAUCAUUUGUGCUGAAAUUAUGCAGCUUCAUCAUUCCAAGCACCAUGCUACCUACGUUAAUAAUUUGAAUAUUGCUGAAGAAAAGCUAAAGGAGGCUGUAGCUAAAGGAGAUGUUAAUACUCAAAUUGCAUUGGCUCCAGCUAUUAAAUUCAAUGGUGGAGGACAUCUUAAUCACUCAAUUUUCUGGAGCAAUUUGUCUCCCAAUGGAGGCAAACCAGAUGGUGCUCUUUUGUGCCAAAUGGAAAAAGAUUUUGGUAGUUUGGAAGAAAUGAAGAAGAGAUUAUCUGAAUCUACUGUUGCCAUCCAAGGUUCUGGUUGGGGAUGGCUUGGUUACAAUCAAAAAGAAAAAAGACUACAAAUUACAACUUGUGCUAAUCAAGAUCCUUUGCAAGCUACUACUGGAUUGGUACCACUGUUUGGCAUUGACGUAUGGGAACAUGCUUAUUACCUACAGUACAAAAAUGUUCGACCAGACUAUGUUAAAGCAAUCUUUGAUAUUGCAAAUUGGAAUGAUAUUAGUGCUCGAUUUAAGAAUGCAGGAGGUUGUUAAUUAAAAUUUUUGGACAUUUAAUGACUUCAUAUUAGCGUUAUAUACAAAAAUUUAUUGCUGCACUUUUAUGAUUCCAAGAGUUAUUGCUUUUAUUAUAAGUUUUAUAAAACCUGUGAUUAUUUCAAAUAGUAGUUAAACUACAUUGGUACAUGUAAACUUUCAUAUUAGAUUCAUAUUAAAAAUUUGCUAUAAUAUUUUGACUUAUAUUUUGAUAUGUAUCCAUUAUAUAAUCUGAUUAUCGU